AUGAACGGCAACACCGCCUCUCCCGAAGGCCUAUUCCGGGAUGACGACCCCGAGGCGCCGAGGCACGACCCCACUGAGGAAAUGAACCACAACAUCGUCAAACCAGACUUCUCCGACGGCUUGCUUCAGAUGGACCAGGAGCUUCUUAAUUGGAACAUGCCGGGCGCUUUCAAGGCCGACAUGGAUAUUGACAACAGCCCCGGCAUGGAGAACGGCAUGUACGUUGAUUCCAGCACGGGUCUUGGUGAUCCGAUGAAGGAGGACGACUUCAUGCAAUUUGUCCGAAACGAUCCUCCCCAGCAGUUCCAGCAGUACCAGGAGAACAACAAUCAGAGCAACAACGAAAACACACAGCAGCAGGGCCAGUUCGACAGAGAUCCGCUAAUCAGCUUCGAGGAUCAAAACUACCUAGAAACACCCUGCGACGGCUCCGUGGAGCCCCAGGUUUCUGGAAUCAGCCCGGCAAGAGCCUUUGGCAGCAUAGUGGGCGAUAGCCCGCAGGCCCCGAGCAGCGUUGAUUUUAGCUCGAUCCCUAAUCGAACCCCAGAGGCCGAGGAACAGCCCGUCAGGUCUCGUCGUAAUACACAGAGCCACAGAACGUCAUUUUCCGCCGUUGGCGACUUUCUGCCUUUGACAACAACAACGUCUUUGACGCCUUCCAUGAACUCCAUGUACCUGGCGCAGGCCUCCUUCUCCGCAAAUCAGUUCCGACUGCUGUUUGACCAGCCUCCUUCGCUGGUCCACAGACCCUCGUUCGACGUAUACCCCCGUGGCCGUGUCUCCAUUGAUAGCCAGGGCUCGAGCAUCAACCCGCCCUCACGGAAUCCUCGGUCGUUCUCGAGUUAUAUCCCAUUUAUGGGAGAGAGAGACAGAGACCGGAAACUGCCUGACUGGGGCCAACAACCGCAGAGCAGGCAUCUCAUAAGGAGCAUAUUCAAGUCGAACAACGAGCAGCAAGAGGAUGAUCCAGCACCGUUUUUGGCGGAUGUCCUUGUAAACCAGGAAGAAGAGGGCGAAAUGAAUGAUAACCCAGUCCCCACGAAGAAAGCCAGGAGGACCCGCAUGAAUUUGUUCAACAGAUUCAAGACCCAACGCAACCAGCCAUUUGAACCACAGCUGGAUCUUGUAAAACAUGAGACCAACAGCUCGGUGGCCUCCAGCGAAAGAGACGACAGCUCUCACCAGAACAGCGUGGCACAACCUUCGCUACAAAAUUCAGUCAAAACAGAAAAUUCGUCAAACCUGGGUAACGCACAAAUGUUCGAUUCAUAUCCACCUCCGGAGCCCGACUAUGCCUCGUUGUUUGAGAAUAUGGGCAAGAGACGGCUCGGAGGCAUGAAAAACAAGAAGACAACAGUGAAGCAGGAGCCUGAAUCAGGAGUCACCUCCUCUGUCUCCGCUACAGAAAAAUCCUCCUUAAACAACACCAAUCGCCUGAGUGCUGAGCAGUCUGGUGAUUCUCGCCUGGCAAAUGAUGUAUCUCUAUCACAGCAUUCUUCAAUUUCCGAGGAAACUGCUAUGGGAGGCUCGCUGUCAUUUGCCAAUGCAUCGAAACGUAUCCUAGGUCUGAGACUACUAAAGAAGAAAGCUCAACAGUCCAAAGCAGAGCAGCAGCAACAGGCUGACCUUGUUGAGAUUGAUCUUCAAUCGCUUGAUCUUCCCCCAGACACCGAAAUCAUACCCAAGAUCAAUCCAAAGGUCCGCACAAGAGGGCGUAAAGAGAAUAAAGCAGCCGACUUGGUUGACCUGUCGAAGAUCUUUGUGUGUACUUACUGUCUGAGAAGAUUUAAGAGGCAAGAGCAUUUGAAGAGGCACUUUAGGUCGCUUCAUACAUCAGAGAAGCCUUACGAAUGUCCGACAUGCCAGAAGAAAUUCAGUCGAACAGAUAAUCUCAACCAGCACAUCAAGGUGCAUAAGCAGGAGGAGGAAGAGGCGGCAGCUCGUGCCGCUGGAAUCAUAAAAGAGGAAGACACUGAGGUGUAG